CUUGACAAAAACAAACGGAAGAGGAAGAGGCAGAAAAGGAGAGAGAUAGAGACGUGCUAAGCGUGUACGCAUCCAAACCAGUCAAUUUAAAAACAAAAAUCCGUCUUUGUAUUUUGAUUCAGAAGUGUAUAUAGGUUACGUUUUAAUGGAUACAUAAUUCCUUACUUCUCCUCAGGGGCUUAAUCCCGUUGACCCUGUCCUCUCACUGUACCCAUAUUUCAUUGCCUUCAAUAUAAGCCUGCAACGCAUCAUAUCCUUGAACAAAUAAUUGCGCAUGACCUUUAAUCGAGAAGACCAAACCGUUUUUUAUCUUAAGGCAAACCAAUCGUGGAUGGCAGUCAAAGAUAAGAAGACACCAUCCCAUCCUUAAGGAAUAGUUAUGCAACACAGCGAUCUAUUUUCGUUACUUGUCCACAUUGAUUAUCACAUGGUUAUUGCUAAAGGUAUUUGGACGAUUAAGGGAAGAACCUGCGGAGGCAUUUAGGAAUCCGUCUAGGACAGUUUGGAGAGAGAACAUUCAACCAUUGCGAUGAAAGAGGAAAUGGGUAUCGACGAGGCCGUGAAAUCCGGACAGCAACGCUGGUCGACGACGGCCUUGGUCGUCGUCGCUCUCGGCAUCACCGUCACCAUCGUACCUCUCUGUGUCUGUCUCACAUACUUCCUUCAUCCAGGUUAUGGACUGAGCGAAGCCAACGACGGCUCCCCCUUCGAACCCAUGCCGGUUGAACCCGAUGUCCGUAUCAACUGCAUACCGGACAGGGAACAAUCUUCUAACGAGGAGUUAUGUUCCAAUCGAGGUUGCCUGUGGAUGGAGCCCUAUUCAGAAGGACAACCAUGGUGUUUCUUCCCUGAAGAUUAUGGCGCGUACCAUGUUGUGAUUGAGGAUAACAUGAGCUGGGGUACCAGAAUACGUCUUGAAAGACAUGAUGACGUGCCUUCGUUUUUCAGAUCUGUCAUUGAUACGUUAGUCAUUGAUAUAGAGCAUCAAACAAACGAUCGGAUCCAUUUCAAGAUUUAUGACCCCUCAAACAGUCGAUUUGAAGUUCCCGUUGAGAUGCCAACACGUUCAGCAGAAAAGGCCGAAAAUCCUAACUAUGACAUCACGUAUACCAACAAUCCGUUCACACUGAAGAUUAUCCGGAAGUCCACCGGAGAAGUCCUUUGGGAUACUUCGAUUGGUGCACUCAUUUUUGAGGAUCAGUUUUUGACCAUCUCCACCCGAUUGCCGUCGAAAAACAUUUAUGGAUUGGGAGAAAGUGAACACCAUAGCUUCAGACACGAUAUGAACUGGAUAACAUGGGGUUUAUUCUCCAGAGACCAGCCCCCUUCGUACAAAGGGAAUCUGUACGGAGUCCAUCCAUUCUACAUGUGUGUUGAGAACGACGCUAACGCACAUGGUGUACUGCUCUUAAACUCAAAUGCACAAGACUACACGUUGCAGCCAACCCCAGCCCUAACAUACCACACUAUUGGAGGAGUUCUAGACUUCUACAUGUUCCUUGGUCCGAACCCAGAGUCUGUCGUUAGUCAAUAUACUGAGGCCAUCGGAAGACCAAUGCUGCCGCCAUAUUGGUCCCUGGGCUAUCAGCUUUGUCGAUACGGUUAUGGAAAUCUUUCAAACGUCCAGGAAGUGGUCGAAUCCAUGCGUCGGUAUCAAAUUCCACAUGAUGUCCAAUAUGGAGACAUUGAUUACAUGCAUCGUCAGCUUGACUUUACCAUCCAUCCAACCAAUUACGUUGGUCUGGGAGAUUGGGUUGAUUCUUUGAAGCCAGAAGGAACGAGAUACAUUAUCAUCCUUGACCCAGCCAUUUCAGCAAACGAAACAGCAGAAUACUACCCAACCUACCAACGGGGAGUAGACAAUGAGGUUUUCAUCGAAGACGAAAACGGAGCGAUACAGUUCGGAAAGGUAUGGCCCGACUAUCCGGAUGUUACUGACAUUGACACAUCUUUACCCUGGGAAGAGCAAGUCGAGAAAUACCGUGCCUAUGCAGCCUUUCCUGAUUUUAGGAAGCAAUCGGCCCAAGAGUGGUGGGCAAAUGAGGUUAGCAUGUUCCACGAUAAGGUUGCAUUUGAUGGCAUCUGGAUAGAUAUGAAUGAACCUGCAAGUUUUGUGCAUGGCUCGGUAGACGGUUGCCCAGAUAAUAAAUACGACAAUCCUCCAUUCAUGCCUGAAAUCUGGGGACCAACCAUAUACGAUAAAACAAUUUGUAUGAACUCCGUGCAGCAGGUGACAUACGACAUGAAAGACAUCCACUACAACAUGCACAGCCUUUACGGAUGGAGUCAAACAGAACCAACGCUACAGGCAGCGGAAAAUGCUACAGGAGAGAGAAGUCUUGUCAUCUCACGAUCAACCUUCCCUAGCAGCGGCAAACAUACCGGUCAUUGGCUCGGAGACAAUGCUUCGAUAUGGCCUCAUCUAUAUUACUCUAUUAUCGGUAUGCUAGAGUUCAACCUGUUUGGUAUUCCAUACAUCGGUGCCGAUAUAUGUGGUUUCUUUGAUGACACAACAGAGGAUCUCUGUCGCAGGUGGCAUCAAGUCGGAGCCUUCUAUCCGUAUGCUAGGAAUCAUAAUGGUUUAGGGUACAUGCCUCAACACCCGGCACAUUUUGGUGAGGAGUUUGCGUUGGAGGUGCGCGAUGUACUUUUAAUCAGAUAUCGUCUCCUCCCAUACCUCUACACACUGUUUUACCAUGCCCAUACCAAGGGAUCGACAGUCGUCAGACCUAUGUUGCACGAGUUCACUUCUGAUUCAAACACAUGGGACAUUGACAGGCAGUUCUUAUGGGGACCUGCUCUUCUGAUUUCACCUGUAUUGGAACCAGAAACAACAAGCGUAAAGGCAUACUUUCCAGUUGCUCGAUGGUAUGAUUACUAUACUGGUAUGGAACUGUCCCACGACAUGCUCGCCGUUGGUGGCGGUGUAACGCUAGAUGCUCCUUUGGAUUACAUCAACCUUCAUGUUAGAGGCGGCUGCAUUAUUCCGACCCAGACUCCUGACAACUCUACCAUGUUCAGUCGAAGGAACGAGUUUGGUCUCAUCAUCGCCUUGGAUGACGAGAUGGAAGCAAGCGGUGAUCUCUUCUGGGAUGACGGUGAUUCCAUCGGUACCAUUAUGAACGAACAAUACUACAUGUUCCACUACACGUUCUCAAAUGAUAUGCUGACGGCAGAUAUAGCACAUUCAUACGGAAACUUGAUGGAAAAUCUUUUUAUGGAUCAUAUGAUGAUAUAUGGCUUGAUGGAGGAACCCACUCGUAUCGUAGUAACGGAUUAUGAUACCGUCACGGAGAUCAGUACCUUCACGUUCGAUCAGGAAACUAUGGCUCUGAAUGUAAACGGAAUCAAUCACGCCAUGGAUACUGGAUUCACCCUUAAAAUCAUGUAGUGACCCGAACAAGUGCAACCCCUUUCGACAUGUUCUAUGUACUUUAAAGACUAUAAGGAGGGUAUACGCUUAUUUCAAUGGUAACCUACGUUAUAAUAAUUUAUCUGGCCUUCGACAUAAGACAUAUAAGGGGGUCAGUAACUUUGUGUAUAUUAUAUACGUAUUUCGGUUAACAACUGGAUCUUCGCUACAUAACUGGAAUGAACGCGGUCUCACACAAAGUGUUUGAUUGUAGUAAGAUAAAGAUGAGAUUUCUACUUAAAAUUCACAAAAUCAUCAGCGUGGAGCAAGUAUCACAGUGUAACCUCUACAGUUUGAGCGUGCUCAUUGUGUUCACAGACUGGACUAUAUGAACUGUGAACAUAUAUGAAGGGCUAGCAACGAUAAGAGUGAUCUCAGAGAACAACGAAAAACAAAAAAUGAUCCACUUUAACAAUUUCAAUUAUCAUUCUCACACCAGAAAAAAUAUAUGUACCACCUGCACUAUUGGAAAAUUAUACUUUCUUUCUGAUGACAGUGUAAACACAUUGUGGCUUGCUUAUUUUUAUCCGUUUUUUAGUGCUUCAUCAAUAUUAUAUAUUAUCUGAGGUUAUCGUUAUAAUUCAUGCGCAUUAUUGAAACUUAUCAUCAUAGGCAGGAAUAUAUCAUUUAUCUUCGUUGAAAUAAAAGUGUGGGUAUUUUAGUCUGGUGUUAUAAAGACGGGCCAUGUUCGGUUCGCGAAUACCAAGUGUUCAUGUUUUUUUUUUACGCAAGUCAUUUUCGGUUAGUCCCUAUAAUAAAUGUGCGUUAAUGCCUUCGAGGUAAUCGCUUAUUUUAUGCCUUGUGUUUUGUAAUUUCUGUGAGAUGAUGUAUACUAUACGCAUGACAGAUCUCUGUCUCUCUGGAGCUGUUUAUAUUUGUUUUGAUUUUCAAUAAAAUGAUUACAAAUAUAAAACCUGAGCUUCUACAACG